GGCGGGAGCGCCGCUCUGCCGCCGUUGCUGCCUCCCUCCGGCCUCUGCCGCUCCCACCGGCACCGGAACCGCCACCGGCACCGGAACCGCCACCGGAACCGGCUCCGGCACCGGAACCGCCACCGGAACCGGCUCCGGCACCGGGCCCGGCCCGCGGCGCCGCGGCCCCGCCAUGGAGGCGAACGCGGCCAAGCGGAAGGAGCCGCGCAAGGCGCUGCGGGUUAAAGUCAUCUCCAUGGGCAACGCCGAGGUGGGCAAGAGCUGCAUCAUCAAGCGGUACUGCGAGAAGAGGUUCGUGCCCAAGUACCUGGCCACCAUCGGCAUCGACUACGGCGUCACCAAGGUGCAGAUCCGGGACCGGGAGAUCAAGGUGAACAUCUUCGACAUGGCCGGGCACCCCUUCUUCUACGAGGUGCGUAACGAGUUCUACAAGGACACGCAGGGGGUGCUGCUGGUGUACGACGUGGGCUCCAAGGAAUCCUUCGAGGCGCUCGACUCGUGGCUGGCCGAGAUGCGCCGCGAGCUGGGGCCGCACGCCAGCCUGGACAGCGUCGUCUUCGCCGUCUGCGCCAACAAGGUGGACGCGGGGAAGCUGCGCGUGGUGGACGAGAGCGAGGGGCGGCUCUGGGCCGAGAGCCGCGGCUUCCUCUACUGGGAGACCUCGGCGCAGAGCGGGGAGGGCAUCCAGGAGAUGUUCCAGAACUUCUACUCGGCCAUCGUGGAGGUGUGUGAGAACGGGGGCAAGCGGCCGCCGGGCGGCGCCGGGCUCAGCUUCACGCGCGAGCAGGCCGACGCCAUCCGCAGGAUCCGCGGCAGCAAGGACAGCUGGGACAUGCUGGGGCUCAAACCCGGAGCCUCCAGGGAGGAGGUGACGCGUGCGUACCGGCGCCUGGCCGUGCUGCUGCACCCCGACAAGUGCCUGGCGCCCGGCUCCGAGGACGCCUUCAAGGCCGUGGUCAACGCCCGCACCGCCCUCCUCAAGAACAUCAAAUGACCCCAAAAAAAAAAAACCCCCAAAAUUCACAAAAUUCGGGAAAAUUCCCAAAUUUCCGUCCCCGGGAUGGGAUCCGCGUCGGGGCGGGGCUGCGGAAUCGGUAAUUUCUGGAAUUUAUUCUCGUUUUUUUCGGUGUUAUUCCCGGUUUUCUGUGAAUUAUUUGCAAUUUUUCUGAGGGUUAUUCCCAAUUUUCCGUGGUUUAUUCCCAUUUUUCCGAGGGUUAUUCCCAUUUUUCCUCAAUUAUUCCCAUUUUUCCUGGGAUUAUUACCAUUUUUCUGUUCCCAGUUUUCUGUGGGUUAUUCCCAUUUUUCUGUGGGUUAUUCCCAUUUUCCCGUGGUUUAUUCCCAUUUUUCCAUUCUCAUUUUUCUGUGAGUUAUUCCCAUUUUUCCAAAGGUUCUUCCCAUUUUUUGUGAGUUAUUCCCAUUUUUCCGUUCCCAUUUUUCUGUGAGUUAUCCCAUUUUCCCGUGGUUUAUUCCCAUUUUUCUGUUCCCAUUUUUCCGUGAGUUAUUCCCAUUUUUCCUCAAUUAUUCCCAUUUUUCUGUGAGUUAUUCCCAUUUUUCCAUGGGUUAUUCCCAUUUUUCCGUUCCCAUUUUUCUGUGAGUUAUUCCCAUUUUUCCUCAAUUAUUCCCAUUUUUCCAGGGAUUAUUCCCAUUUUUCUGUUCCCAUUUUUCCAGGAUUUUCCCCAUUUUUCCAGGGAUUAUUCCCAUUUUUCCGUUCCCAUUUUUCUGUUCCCAUUUUUCAAGGGUUAUUCCCAUUUUCUGUUCCCAUUUUUCUAUGAGUUAUUCCUAUUUUUCUGUGAGUUAUUCCCAUUUUUCUGUGAGUUAUUCCCAUUUUUCCAGGAUUUAUUCCCAUUUUUCCGUUCCCAUUUUUCCGUGAUUUAUUCCCAUUUUUCCGUUCCCAUUUUUCCGUGAUUUAUUCCCAUUUUUCUGUUCCCAUUUUUCUGUGAUUUAUUCCCAUUAUAUUCCAGGGGGUUAUUCCCGGUUUCCUCAGGGUUAUUCCCAUUUUUUGGGCUUUUAUUCCCAUUUUUCUCUGAGUUAUUCCCAGUUUUUCUGGGCUGAUUCCCGAUUUUCUGAGUGUCAUUCCCAUUAUUUUCUUGGGGAUUUUUUUUCCACUUUCCCCAGACUUAUUCCCAAUUUUCUAUGAGUUUUUCCCAUUUUUCUGUGGGUUAUUCCCCAUCUUUCUGUUCCCACUUUUCUGUGAGUUAUUCCCAUUUUUCCAGGGGGUUAUUCCCAUUUUUCUCUGAUUUUUUCCCAGUUUCCUCAGAGUUAUUCCCAUUUUUUGGGGGAGUUCAUUCCCAGUUUUAUUCCCAUUUUUCCGUGGUUUAUUCCCAUUUUUCUGUUCCCAUUUUUCUGUGAGUUAUUCAUAUUUUUCCUCAAUUAUUCCCAUUUUUCCUGAAUUAUUCCCAUUUCUCUGUGGUUUAUUCCCAUUUUCCCAAGGAUUAUUCCCAUUUUUCUCUUCCCAUUUUUCCGUGAUUUAUUCCCAUUUUCUGUUCCCAGUUUCCUCAGAGUUAUUCCCAUUUUUUGGGGGGAUUCAUUCCCAGUUUUAUUCCCAUUUUUCCUCAAUUAUUCCCAUUUUUCUGUUCCCAGUUUUCUGUGGGUUAUUCCCAUUUUUCCUCAAUUAUUCCCAUUUUUCCAGGGGGUUAUUCCAGUUUUCUGUGAGUUAUUCCCAUUUCUCUGUUCCCAUUUUUCUAUGAGUUAUUCCCAUUUUUCCUCAAUUAUUCCCAUUUUUCCAGGUGGUUAUUCCCAUUUUCCUGUGAUUUAUUCCCAUUUUUCUGUUCUCAUUUUCCUGUGAGUUAUUCCCAUUUUUCCGUGAUUUAUCCCCAUUUUUCUGUUCCCGUUUUUCCUCAAUUAUUUCCAUUUUCCAGGGAUUAUUCCCAUUUCUCUGUUCCCAUUUUUCUGUGAUUUAUUCCCAUUUUUCCAGGGAUUAUUCCCAUUUUUCUGUUCCCAUUUUUCCAGGAUUUUCCCCAUUUUUCUGUGAGUUAUUCCCAUUUUUCUGUUCCCAUUUUUCCAAGGGUUAUUCCCAUUUUCUGUUCCCAUUUUUCUGUGAGUUAUUCCUAUUUUUC